AUGACGACUACUGCGUGGCUCCUCCGCGGCUCCUCCGCGGUUCCUCCGCGGUUCCUCCGUGGCUCCUGCGCUCGUGGCUCUGCCGUUGCCACUCUCGGCGCCGGCCGUCCCGAUCGUGGCAGCGCCGCGGUGUUUCACACAGCCUGCUCUUACCCUUUCAAGAAAGCUUCUUCCUCCCCUCUCUCUGCUUUUGAGAAGCCGUAUUGCUUGCUCACCUUCUUUCCCUCCCUCUCCUCCCUCAAUUUCUCCCUCACUGCCUCCCUCGCUCCCUUCCUCGCUCCCUUCCUCUCUCCCUUCCUCGCUCCCUUCCUCGCUCCCUUCCUUGCUCCCUCCCUCGCCUCCUCCCUCGUUCUCUCUCUCCCUUCCUCCUUCCCUCUCUCCCUUCCUCCCUCCCUCUCUCCCUUCCUCCCUCCCUCUCUCCCUCCCUCCCUCCCUCUCUCCCUCCCUCCCUCUCUCCCUCCCUCCCUCCCUCCCUCCCUCCCUCCCUCUCUUUCUCCCUCCCUCCCUCCCUGCCUGCCUCCCUCCCUCCCUCCCUCACACCCUCCCUCCCUCCCUCACACCCUCCCUCCCUCCCUCCCUCCCUCAUACGCUCCCUCCCUCCCUCACACCCUCCGUCCCUCGCUCACUCCCGUCCACACUCCCUCCCUCACUCCCUCCCUUGCUCCCUCCCUCCUCCCUCCCGUCCUCACUUCCUUUGUUGCUCCCGCUCUCGUCCUCUUCCGACUUUACUCCCUCUCAGUUGGAAGAGCUCUAGGGCAUGUUUAUUCAUCGCCUACAAAGCUUUUCAGCUGCCCGGAGGCCAUAGUAGCAGAGCAGCUGAGGAGGCCCGUGUGGCGAAAAAGAAUGGUGGCUAAGGGGUACACUGUUGUCAACCUCCGUUCUUUGUUUGCCAACCUGCCUUCUCCGUUCCUUAACCUCUUUGCUCAAAUUGCCAACCUGCCUUCCCUGUUCCGCAACCUCCUUGCUCUGUUUGUCAACCUGCCUUCUCCGUUCCUUAACCUCCCUGCUCAAAUCGCCAACCUGCCUUCCCUGUUCCGCAACCUCCCUGCUCUGUUUGUCAACCUGCCUUCUCCGUUCCUUAACCUCUUUGCUCAAAUUGCCAACCUGCCUUCCCUGUUCCGCAACCUCCCUGCUCUGUUUGUCAACCUGCCUUCUCCGUUCCUUAACCUCCCUGCUCAAAUUGCCAACCUGCCUUCCCUGUUCCUUAACCUCCCUGCUUUGUUUGUCAACCUGCGUUCCCUGUUCCUUUACCUCCCUGCUCUGUUUGCCAACCUGCCUUCCCUGUUCCUUUACCUCCGUGCUUUGUUUGGCAUCCUGCCUGCCCUUUUCCGCAACCUCCCUCCUUUUUCCCUUAAACUCCCUUCUUUGUUUGCCAACUUGCCUUCCCUGUUCUGCAACCUCACUCCUUUGUAA